AUGAAGACGUUGGUAUCUUUCAACUGUUGGGAUAUGCAAACACAACUCGCUUUCUACAAAUUAGCCGCUGAGAAUUCGUUUUAUAUCGACUAUGUUAAUCUGAAUAAUUCGAAGGCUAUUCAGGGCAUUGAGUAUCGUUUAAUUGGCAAAAAAAAAACUAUGGGCAUUUUUAUGGAUUUAAAUUGUGAAAGCGCUGAGGAACUGCUGCAUAUUGCUAGCCAGGAGCGACUGUUCAGUGAUCAUUUCUUCUGGUUGAUCUACGACGACUUCGCUAAUGCUACAUACUUUCGUAAGCUCUUCAAACGACAAAAUCUUGCUGUUGAUGCUGAAAUUACCUAUACAUUUUCGAAUAGCCUAGAGGAUGACUGGAAUAGCACAGCCUUUUCCAGCUACACACUCUAUGAUGUUUACAACAACGGCUAUUAUUAUGGUGGAAAAUUGAAUGUGACCUUGGAUCGUGAGGUAUAUUGCAAUGAGGAAGAGUGUUUCGUCAACAAAUAUCUCUCGAAAUUACAUUUGCGUAACAAAUAUGGUAACAGAAAUACAUUGCAUGAUGCCACACUGCGUUUGACUGUGGUGGUAACCAAAGUGCCUAUAACUAGUCCCCCAGAAGAAAUAUUCGCAUUUUUGCGUUCGGUUAAUGGUACCAACUACGAUGCUAUAGCACGUUUUGGUUUUCAGGCGCUAUCGAUUUUGGUAGAAGUUUUAGGUUGCAAAGCUAAUCACACUUUUGUCAAUCGCUGGACGAUCAAUGAAACACAUGGUGGCCUUAUUGGCGCCUUGGCCGUACAAAGCGCUGAUCUUGUGUCCACACCCUUUAUACCAACCCCACCACGUAUGGAAUUUUUCACUAUAAUUGCCGAGACCUCAUCGUUUCGUUCGAUCUGCCUAUUUCGUACACCACGUAAUUCCGGCAUACAGGGUGACGUUUUCUUGAAACCUUUCAACACCACCGUCUGGCUGCUCUUUGCUUUGCUGCUACUUCUAACGUCUAUCGUUCUAUGGAGCAUCUUCAGAUUGGAGCGUUAUCGCAUGUACAAGCGUUAUAUCGAUUAUAUGCCAUCGCUGCUGGCUACUUUUCUAAUUUCCUUUGGCUCAGCCUGCAGUCAGGGUAGUGAUAUGGUACCGGGUUCCAUGGGUGGGCGUAUGGUAUUCUAUACAUUGUAUUUAUUAACGUUUCUAAUGUACAACUAUUAUACAUCUAUUGUGGUUUCAUCGCUGCUUGGCUCCCCAGUCAAAUCUGAUAUCAAGACAAUGGGUCAGCUAGCGGACAGUUCUUUGGAAGUCGGUCUGGAGCCCUUGCCAUUCACGUUGACCUAUUUGAAUAAUUCUCUUCUACCGGAAGUACGUCGCUUCAAACACAAAAUAGACUCUGUAUCCAAUCCGAAAGCUAUCUGGAUGCCUUUGGAGAAAGGUAUAUUGCGCGUGCGUGAUCAACCGGGUUUCGUUUUUGGUUUCGAAGCCUCUACUGGCUUUCUGCUGGUCAAACGCUACUAUAAACCAUAUGAGAUUUGUGACUUGAAUGAAAUACUCUUUCGUCCCGAGAAAAGUCUAUACAGCGCAGUGCAUAAAAACUCCAGCUUCAAAGAGAUUACCAAGCAGAGAGUUAUACGCAUUUUGGAGACAGGCGUCAAUUUGAAGUUACACCGUUACUGGGUGCAGUCCACUUUGGAGUGUUUUGAUAGCAACUUCAUUGUUGAAGUUGGCAUGGAGUACAUGGCGCCUCUAUUUAUGCUCCUGGCAUGUACAUAUAUUUUGGUGCUUAUCAUAUUAUUGUUUGAAAUUUUGCAUAAGAAAUAUUGGGCCGAUCGAAAAAUAAGAUUGGAGAAUAUUUUGUUUGGCGAGAAUUGGCACAAUGAGUAGAAGCUGGUUGAAGUUCUUAAAUAUUUGUUUAACUUAGAAAAUGCUUUGCUUGAAAAACUGUAUAACUACAUACUUGCGUAAUUAGUACUUAAAGCAAAAUGAUAAAGCACAUAAAAAUCGCACUCCAUAGUUUGCUUUUUGUGAAAUUUCGAAAUACAAGUUCACAGUCGCAUAUAGGUUUUUGUAUUUAGUUGCUCAAAAUGGAAGCAUUCGGAGGUUGUAUUCAGGAAAGCAGACAGUGAUUUAAUUUUUUGGGUUUCUCGAUCUAAUAGUUACUGCUGUGUCCAUAAUUUUAAAAAUCCUUUUCAUUUUUUGUGCAUAAUUACAGUCUCAAAUACAAUUUACGCCUACAUGUGUGCUUUGUUUUUUAAACUAAAAGAAUAAAUAUGUUAUAACUUUCCACGCAGACUACCCUGUAUAUGCAUAUGCAUCUUUUUUU